GGUUUCCGUAAAAAUAUUUUGAAAUAUAGUUUUCACCUGAUUGGCGGUCAAAUAUAUGUUGCAUGAUUCCUAUAUAAAAUAAGGGAGAUCGAAGAUGUGGCGUUAAAUAUUAAACAAUCAUGGGAAAAAUUCCAGACCGAUGGUUGGAAUAUACUAGAAUUGGAAAGCCGAUUGAAAGAGUUCCAAUUAUAGCAUUUAAAACACCUAUACAGCGUAAUGAUCCUAAUCAACAAAACAAUCAACCAGGCGGAAUUCAGAAAGAGGAUGAGUUUACACCAUAUGAUUUGUGCAAUCAGAUUUGGGAUGACGGGUUAGAUCUAGCAGUUGUUAUUGACUUGACAAAUACAUUCAGAUACUACAAUGGGGAAUUUUUUUGCGAACAAAGAAUUCAAUAUGAAAAGUUAAAAUGUGAAGGCCGUAUAGUCCCAGAUGAUUGUGUUAUUGAUCGAGUGACGCGUAUUCUCAAUGAUGUUAUAUUUCGCCAUGGGCGAGAUAGCAAAAGACUUGUUGGAAUACAUUGUACACAUGGAGUAAAUAGAACAGGUUAUGUUGUAUGUAGAUAUCUUAUCCAAUCUCUUGGUUUUAACCCUGUAGAUGCUAUUCAAAUGUUUAAUAUAUCACGUGGUCAUAAAAUGGAAAGAGAAGAUUAUAUCACAGAUUUAAUGAAUUUCGAACCACAAUUUUUAUACCGUUCCUGGGAAACUUAUGUUCUUGGUUUUAAUGGCUGGAAAUUUAACAAGUUUCGCUUCAAACGUGAUAAUCGAUUUAUUGAAGAAAGAAGAAAAAGGAAAAGCGAAAGCAACGAUAAUUUACAAAUUAAAAAACCAAACGAUGAUACAGAAUAUAAUAACGAUGGCACUGAAAAAUCGUUCCAUUCGACUGCAAACAAUCCAAACGAUAGUUUGCAGGACGAUAAACAUCCAUCUAAAAGUACCAACGAUGACAAAAAAUUUGUUUCAGCAAAAUCAAAAAGCAAUGAAAGCGAAAACUUUGUUGAAAACGUUUCGCUUGACUUUUUUCAAGAAGAUUUUUAUUGUGAUGGUAAUUAAGAAUGGAAGAAAUUAUGUUCAAAUGAAA